AUGCCCUCGGUUGACAAGAAGGAUGCGCCCUCCGUAGAAACCCUAGCCGCCUUGUUCCCUUUGACGUUCCCUGUUCCGACUCCUGCCACGCAUCCCGACCUUAUUUCGACGAAAGAUGUCAACCGAGAGGAGGACUUGUUACGCAACCCUCAAUCCUUCCGACACUGGUGGAAUACUAUCCAAAACGCAAGAGAGGCCUUCAAUGCUGUCCAGAAGACGGAACGAUUGGAUGUAUCAGACGAAGUAGCCGCUGUACUAGGCCCUCUCGCUUCACCUACCGCUCGGAAAGCCCUUCAACGUCUCACUUACCUCUAUGAGGCUGCUCUCGUCCAGUUCCCUGGCAUGUUCAAGCUAUGGAAGUCGUAUCUCCAGACGCGAAUGUACUAUGUCCUAGGCAAGCCUGUGGUCCGUAGGAGGGCCGGAGGUAAAAAGAAGUUCCCUGAAAUGAAAGAGGCCCUCGAGGACGAACAAGAUGACUUGGAACGAUGGGAAGGUGGAUUGGACGGUAUAGUGGGCUGGGAAGAGUGGAAGUCGCUGAUAGCUACGUUUGAGAGAGCAUUAAUGUGGCUACCCAAAAUGCCAAGGUUAUGGCUGAUGUAUCUCUCUAUAUUCAAUCACCCGAUGUGCCCUCCUCCCAUCUCCCACUCCCACUGUCGACGUACCUACGACCGUGCACUGCGAACACUACCUCCCUCUCUCCACCAUCGUAUAUGGGUCCGCUAUCUUCUCUGGGCAGAGGCCAAAGGCGGGUCGACAAUGGUCGCGGUAUACCGUCGUUACCUUGCUGUCGACCCCUCGGUGACAGAACACUAUACAUCUCUUCUAUUAGCACCGGAGAACCCCUCACCUCGUCCAUUAGAGGCAGCGAAGUUGCUACUGUCACUGUCACGUAAGGCGGCGCGUGGAGAAUACACGAGUCCUGAAGGCAAGAGCCCAUACCAGUUGUUAACGGAAUGGCUGGAAGUUGUCGAGCAAUACGCCGAAGAGGUCGGGCUUGACGUGUCAGACACAAUCGAGAACCACCGGGUUGAAGAAGAGGCUGAAGCUGCAGCCGUGGACGCGGAGCCAGCUUCAACUGAAGGCAACUUGAUUCGAUUUGGCGGACCGGCAGUUCCUGUGUCAGCCGAUGGCAAGCCUGGUACUCCCUAUGACGAAGAUGAGGAUCCGGCUAGUCCUAGGAAGCUCAACAUAGAGCGCAUUGUCCAUCGGGACGGUCUGGAGGUAUACAGAGACCAAGCUGGACGACUAUGGAGCGGACUGGCGACGUACUGGAUCAAGCGCGGCGAGUUUGAACGGGCCAAGGCUACCUUCGAGGCGGGAAUGGCAGAGGUCGUGACCAUCCGAGACUUCACCCAAAUAUUCGACGCGUACGCAGAAUUCAGCGAGUCGCUGAUCAGUGCUAUGAUGGAGAGCAUAGCCAAUCCUGACGAGGACGAAGAUGAAGAAGACGUCCAGGAGACGGAAGCUGAACUGGAUACAAGGAUGAAGGAGUUUGAGGAGCUCAUGGACCGCCGGCCGUUUUUGGUAAAUGAUGUUUUAUUAAGACGGAAUCCAAACGACGUCCAAGAAUGGGAGAAGCGAAUCGCGUUGUGGGGUAACGACGAUGAGAAGGUCGCCGAAACCUAUACGAAAGCGCUCGAGACCAUCAAUCCUCGCAGGGCCACGGCGAAUUUAUACAGACUCUAUGUCAACUUUGCCAAAUUCUACGAAGAGGGAGGUACGCAGGGCCAAGCGGAGCCUGACCUUGACAGUGCCCGUAAAAUUCUCGAAAAGGCUACCAAGGUCAACUUCAAGACAGUGGAAGACCUGGCAGAGGUGUGGUGCGAAUGGGCAGAAAUGGAGCUGCGGCAAGAGAAUUACGAUGAAGCAAUUCGAGUAAUGCAACGCGCCGCCGCUAUACCGAAGAACACCAAGGUCAACUACCAUGAUCACUCUCUUCCUGUCCAGAUGCGUCUUUUCAAAUCCCUCAAGCUUUGGUCAUUCUACGUCGAUCUCGAGGAGUCUCUUGGAACGGUCGAGUCCACGAAGGCCGUUUACGACAAGAUCCUAGAAUUACGGAUAGCGAAUGCUCAGAUCAUAGUAAAUUAUGCCGCUUUCCUUGAGGAACACAGUUACUUUGAGGAGAGUUUCAAGGUUUACGAGCGAGGAGUGGAAUUAUUUACUUUCCCUAUCUCCUUCGAGAUCUGGAAUAUCUACCUCUCUAAAUUUGUGAAGCGAUACGGUGGCUCAAAACUCGAACGAGCGCGUGACUUAUUCGAGCAGGCCCUGGAGAAGUGUCCGCCGAAGUCGUGCAAGCCGCUCUUCCUCAUGUACGCCCAGCUGGAAGAGGAGUAUGGCCUCGCGAAACGUGCCAUGGCCAUAUAUGAUCGCGCGACGCAAGUAAUAGCAGACGAGGACAAGUUCGAGAUGUUCACGCUAUACAUCGCUAAAGCCGCGGCCAACUACGGACUUCCAGCAACCCGACCGAUAUACGAGCGUGCCAUCGAGAUUCUUCCGAACCGUCAGACUGCUCAGAUGUGCUUGCGCUUUGCAAACCUAGAGCGCAAGCUCGGCGAGAUCGACCGUGCCCGCGCCAUCUAUGCCCAUGCUUCGCAAUUCUGCGAUCCACGAUUACAUCCAGAGUUCUGGGCAGAGUGGAAUGCUUUCGAGAUCGAAACGGGCUCCGAGGAUACCUUCAGAGAAAUGUUGCGGAUCAAGCGCAGCGUACAAGCCCAGUUUAAUACGGAAGCAUCGUACCUGGCUGCGCAGACAAUGGCAACGAAGAAGAACAGCACACAGUCUCCAGAUGCUGAGACAGCGGAUGCGGCUGAUCCUAUGGUGGCUGUUGAGCGGCAGGCCGGCGGUGUGAAGGGAGCGCCAGCGUUCGUGGCUUCAAAACAUAAUGUCAACAUAACGGAAUCGCAGGCCGAGGAAACCACAACGCAGGUUAAUGCGGAUGAGAUUCAUAUAUCGGACGAUGAAGAUUAG